ACAGAAGAGCGACUACGACUAUAAUAAUAAUUAUCAUCAGUAUACCUUACAAACGUACGCAGUUUUAUGGCUGUAUGUGUUACCUUUCAUGCCCGACUUGGAAGACAUCUUUAAACACGCGCUUCCAUUCGCUGCCUCAAUCAGCCUAAUAAACCUCAACACGCUGUCUGAGAAUGGGAUUCAUUGCCGUCUACAAGAAUCUCUGGCAGAGGAUGUAACUCCAAUUCGAUAAUGCAGUUAGAAUUCCAGGUCAUGUCAAUAGGAUUUUAACCAGCAGCUUUCGGCUCAGUUACCUUGAAUCUGUCCAUGGCGCUCAGGAGGGUGAGCGCCAAUGCGUCUAUUCAGCGCCAGAUUGAACACUUGUUGGCGCCAUUUCGGCUAGCGGCUUCAAGUUAAACUAAGGGAAGUCCUUCGUUCUAAUUUCUUUUGUGAAAUCUCGAAAACGUUUUGUGAAAAAUGGGUUUUUAUGUUUUUGGCACUCCCAUAUAACCUUAAUGACGUGCGGUAUUUUCAAAAAAUAGUAUAUUUUUGCGUACAAAGUGCCGUUGUCGCACUUGGGUUGUGCGAAUAAAACCUGUAAACCAUAUAAGACCGAGAGAAUAUCAAUUAUUGUUCUGCUAACUAAGCGGGUGUCAUAUCGCAUCAGCAAAAUGGCAAGACGCGAUGGAUUUAAUGACUAUAUGGCAGCGGCCGGAUUCAACGAGAGCAACUCGUCGUCGUCCGAUAGUUCAGUCAGCGUUCGAACAAGCCGCCAACAAGGAGUUUUUUCAACAAAUUCGCAAAAUCCUCCGAACCUCGAAGAUAUGCGCAGGAGACUAAUGGAAAAGCUAGCGGCUGAAAAGAGCGGUCCCCAAUCUCGGCUAUCUCCAUUGAUGGAUCUCACAGGCAAUAGAUCUGGCAGUGCCGAAGCCUCUACUAGUACAGCGGCAUCAGGCCGUGCUCUUCCUGAUGAUAGUAAUCUAUUACAAGUUUCUGAAGCACAGCAUUCGUUACCGUCUAUCGAAGUUACUCAUCAUGAAAGUCGGAUGACCGUCCGCACGCAGUCUCGAGUUUCUGUUCGAGACCAACGAGGGGCACCAGGAAGCGAGCUAACAAUGAGCCCAAGGGAUGGCGAGAAAAGGUUGCCAAAAGGUCCAUCACGAAGCCCAAAAAAGUCUCGCAGUAAAUUUUCUGCGACUGAAAGACCAACUACCCAAAGACCCGAAUUCAAUCCGAAAGACUACUCAACACCUUUCGUACACCCUGAUCAGCGCGUUUCGCAAGGGGAUUCGGACAGAGACAAAACGUUUAAAGGCGAGUUCGCGUGGCCCUUGCAAAUCCGUAAGCCUGGACCUAAAAGUCGCACUAGUGGUGCUAUAGCUACACCCUCUCGAAUGGAAGACACGCCGCAGUCUAAACAGGGACUAGAUCAGCCUGAGGAGGAAGAGACACCUGCCAGCGACGAAGACGAAGAGCGUGCAAAAAGCCCUGCAGCGCCGACUCGUCCUGCCCGACAGGCCACCGUUGAUCAAAAGUCAUUGCCCGGGCCAAAGUCAAAAAAGCAACAGCAACAGAAGGCUUCUCAUAAAUCACCUGCAAAAAAAACUAUUCCCAAUAAAACAAGCUUAAAAAAAAGAGCGCCGAAGACCGCAAAAACCAUUGCAUCUGCCGAAGUGGGUGAUGAAGUCGACGAACCAGCUUUGUUGGUAGACACAGAUAAUAAAGAUGACGAGCAACAGGCAGAGCCUGCGCGGGCAUCUCCUGUAAAAAAAACGUCUCGUCGAACCGAGACAAUCAAGACAGUUGCAGCUUCUAAGACACAAACGGAAACUGUCCAAGGAAAUAACGAAGCAAGCACAUCGCGUCACGACACUCGACGAAGUUCAGUUACAAGUCGAGACAGAGUGACGGUUAUGGAACCGGUACGGGCGGCGCGAAAGGCGACCCUUAAAGGCCGGCGGAAGCAGUCAGAACCACAGAAACUUGGGACCAAAGUUAGUCGAAUGAUGAGCACGAUAAGACAAAUCAAGCAGCUGCAACUCACUACCAAUCUACUUAUCCCGCGUCUUCCAUUCACCCGAGUUGUGCGCGAGGUGACCCAAGAAAUUACUGGUCCGACAGCGGGAUUUAGGUAUACAGCCGACGCUGUAGAUGCGCUGCAGACUAUAACCGAAUACUAUUUAACAUCAUUGUUCUGUGAUGCAAAUCGAGUAGCAGCACAUGCGAACCGCGUAACGGUGAUGCCUAAAGACCUUGAACUUUUACGGUUGUUAGGACUCGUGGAGCGCGACUGAAGAUUUGAAGAACCUUAGGCGAUUAAGAUUAGGAUAUUUUUUUUUACAAGCGCUGUCAAAAAAUACUGUUAGCUUCAUUCAUUACGAGGCGGUUAAUUAAUAAAAAGAAAAAAUGCAACGCUUUCUACUACGUCAGGGACUGGGAACCGUUGUGAACACCUGAGUAGAACAGUUUCCAAGAUCUGAUUGAUGCUUGCAACGUGCACACGUACUACACCUUAAUUGUAUUUACCCGUUUUUUGGGAGUAAUGCAAACUAUGUUUAUUAUAAUAAAUUUAUUGAUCAUAAUUUGCUGAUAAAUCCUCGAUGAAACACGUUCCUGUACAUAGAGAGAGGUACGUAUGUGUACAUCUGUAAAUGUAUUUGUUGUGUUUUGCAGACAGUAUAUGAAUGUAUUGCUUCGAAGAUAAAAAGUAUGAAUAUGUACAGUGAAAAUUUUACCGUUGCUUUAAAAUUGACUAUUUAUAGAAGAAGAAGAAGAGACACUCAUAAUUUGCCAAUAUUUCAGUAGUAAAAUCAUAUCACACCGGUAUUCUAUUUGGUACUAAUGUGCUGUGGUGCUUUUUUUACGUGCCUCGAAAUGACUGCGGGAACAGCGGCAACGGAAUAUCACAGUCAACAAAAUUAAGUGUAGAGGUUUUGCUAGACUCCUGUGUAACCCUAAAACUGUCAGGUAGGCCAACGUUUGUGUCGUGUUGACAAUCAAGAAAUGUUCAGAGUUCGUCGUUCUUCGAUUCGCCUUAAACGAGUGAUAGCGAGUUGUACUUAGUCAGUAUUGAAAUUAUACCAAUUCAACCAAAAUAAUAAUAUUUGUACAAAAUAAAGGGGUUAAACUGUUCAAAUGUUUAGGCAAAAAAGAAUCAAGAAUAGGAAAGCUUUUUUGUACAAAUAAAAAUACCACCAAACACGUCCCAAGUUGUCAUUUCGUUGUUUGAGUGUACACUGCUGAUGAAUACCAGGCGAUGCGACCGUGCUAAAUUUUGCGUUGGAUUUUUUAAAUUAAAUCUAACUGCCAGCAGCCUUUACCUCGUGCUGUGAACAGAUAAUUUAACCUUAUUUAAUAUUUAGCGCCAUACAUCCCACCUGACAAAGCUCGCGACUUAAUAGGCUGUUAGCAUGCACAUAUUUUUUCACGAUACGAACGGCGUUAAGCAGUAUGACAAUCACGGCUCUAUGGCGGUUUCUAAAUGGAAGUAAAAAUUUAAGAUUGUUUUUUUUAUUAUUGUGGUUAAAAUUUCCGGCAGAACACAAUCGGCAAAUUAGAUAUGCUUAUUAGAUACAGGUUAUAUAUCUUAAAGCGCUGAUUUAGAUAAAAUACGCGAAGCACAUUUCAGUUUGUUAGCACAGGUGCUUUACCCUCUUCUGUAAGUAGGUUUGAUAUGAAAACAAUUGUUAGCAAGUUUCUAACUUACAGUAACUGAAUGAAUAAAACUUUUACACUUUUCAAAAUUUCAUAUCAAGCAAUGUUAAACCUCUUCGAUAUUGUUAUAUGAGCAGAUGCAUCAAAGAAAUCAUCUGAGAUUCUAAUAAUGCUUAAAAAACAACUCAAUACAAGGUUACCAAAACUGUAAUUAAAGAUGAGUAAAAUUAUAAUAAUAAAUAAUAUAAGAUGAGUAAUUGCUACAUCACCUCCAAAUUACACUCCUGUUGAAAGUGUCUAGUUUUGCCAUGCCAUCUUGCAUCAUAAUAGGGGUUUUUCUGCAGAAUCGAAGCAAUAAGCUAAAUGAGCUUAUGAGGAAUUCCUUAAAAUGUUU